AAUCCCUUAGGGCAUGUCACCUUGAAGGUAUGUACAGAAAACUGCUUCAAGGGGUAAUGUCAACACAACAGGGAACCUUACGGAAAAAUCGUCCAACGCGCGCUACUUUUAAAGAAACCAUGUAAAGCUUUUUAAGUAUAGAUUGCAGAAGUAACACAAUUUUUCAAAGUUUUGAUUUUGGUAAAAUCAAAGGCGCGAGUCUUUAAACUCAACUCUUUUGAGCGUUUAUAUCUGACGAACACUGGCCAAUUUUCAUGAAAAUCCAUCAAAUCUACACCCCUUGUUGAUUCGUGUAAGUAGAGGUAACUCGCGUAAAAAGAAACCGAAUUUUUGGGCUGCUAAGAUAUUCACAGUUUUGGCCCCUCAUUUAAGCGCGGUCAUGCCGCCGACCAAUGAAACACAACAUCGAACCCCCUGGCAAGUCUCGUGAAAAAGAACUCCUUUGAAAUUCGCGGGAAAGGUCAUUUUUCGAAACUGGGAACACGAAUUAAAAUGAAAUCCAAAAUUCAUCAAAAAAAGCAGAAGGAAAAGUGCGCAAAGCAAGCUAGGAAAAAAGAAAAACGCAACUUGGAUUUAUUUGGCCCGGGCUCUCUCGCGACUUUUCUCAUCUUGGCCGUUUGAUAAAGAACCUUAUUUCCUGACGUUUUGCGAAAUAUGCAACAAAUUCCCUUUUGUUGUGCAGUGCAAGACGCGAUGUUAACAAAAUGUGCAAAUCGAGAUCCCAGACGAAAGCCCGCGAAAAAAGGUCUUUUGCCAUAUCUCGCGUUCUUUAUAAGAUUUUACAUUUUUUUGGCAAAUCAAACUAAACUAGUUUUUCAAACUGAAUAGCAAAGUAACAAUUUUGAACAUUUUGACCAGAUUUUGUUGAUAGUAACCUAAAAAAAAUUAGCACAAAAAUUGAUAGCACUGCAGUACGCGUAUUUCUUUACCCGCUUGAGACUAGUCGGGAGAGGUUUCUGGGAGUCUGGCUCUAAGAAUGAUCAGUGCCAGACCCCUUGCAGACCUCUCGCUGUUUCUUGGAAAAAUUUUUCUUUUUUUAUUUCGAUGGACUUCCUUUUCCGCAGAAUUGCCCAAACGGUGAAUCUGAGGUGAUCAGAUCAGGAUGUGUGGAGGUUAUUGAUGAAUGUGGUCCUACAAUCUACAACUGCAAGCUCAAUAGCCUUGCUAGUGGUAAGAGAGAGGCAUUAGACGUCAUAUUUAUAAUUUUUGGUUUUUUAAAAGUUCAAACAAACUUGUGGUAAUGUCAGUAAUAUGUGGGAAUCAGUGGACAGUUGAUUUUAUUUUUGUUCAUAGCUGGUGCCACAUUUUAUGUACAUGGAAGAGGAGCCAGACCCACUUUGUCAAAAUUUUUUAUCUCAGACUCAGAAAAUGUUGGCAUUUUCAUCACAGAUGAUGCGCAGGUGAGAAGUAAUCCACAAUUUACAGCAAAUUCUUGAACCCCUUUCCUUGCUGAAAACUUAUGGGGCCGGUUAUUCACCCCGUCCCGUGGUCUAACUCAAGCCGCGGUUUUACGUAAGCAGUGGGCCUCAGGUCUUCUCUAUAGGGGGGUUGAUUAAAUUAAUUAAAUGUCCUUCCACUAUUAUCUUUCGGCCCUCUUUUGGCUAAAUUGAAGAUAGCUAAGAACGCGCGCGGUUUUAUAAAACAACGUCUGAACUUUGUUUGAAUAACUAGUCCAUGUAGUUUACAUAAGUGUGGGUUAUCAAAAGACAUGAAAUUUCGUACCAAAGAUUUUUCGUUGUACAGCAGAGCAGAAAAUGAAUUGACAAAAUCAUUCAUGACUUACCCGUUACAAUAUCGUAUUGGAGACCCCCGCUAAAACAUUUUGCCGAGUUUUCCAGACAGUUUGCUUGGUCUUCAUCAAUACUACUGAGUGGAAAAGACCAUGUAAGAGUAGGCACCAGGACCUUACUGCAAUGACCCAGCCAAGCUGAGAACUCUGACAAAAAUUGAAGUACUUGUAUUUAAAGCUUUCAUUAAAGAAUCUAGGGUUGCUCCUGGAGGCGCCUCAAGCAAUUCUUAACUCUUGGCCGUUUUAAAAGGCCGCUUCUUGUCACACUACAGACCAAUAAAAUAAUUCUUGUAAUUGUAGGGCUACUAUGAAGGAAACGAUGUUUACAACAACCGUAUAGCU